GGGCGGCCGCGCGGAUCACUGAGGCUGUGGCGGCACUGCGCCCGGCGCUCGCGUCCGUCCGCCCGUCCGCCCGCCCAGCCAUGACUGCGCCGGUCCCCGCGCCGCGGAUCCUGUUGCCGUUGCUGUUGCUGCUGCUGCUAACGCCGCCUCCGGGUGGUGAGCCGGGGGUGGGGGCGGCCCGUCCUGCCCUGGGACCGGGCAGACACUUCCCCGCGCUGCCUCUCCAACGAGCCGGGCAGCACCAGCCCCACUAUGCCCCCCACUGACCCCUGAUUGCCCCGAGGCCGUCAGCGAACCCCCACGACUGCGGACCCCUCCUCCACCCCAGCACCCUCCUUGCCUGAACAACCCUGCCUAGACACCAGGCAGCUGCCACCUUUGUCUGUCCUGGAACGGUGGGGAGGGGUCUGCCCUCCCGCCCAUGUCCCAGGGGAUGGAGUCCCCAGAGGCUAGGCCCUAGCUCAGAGGCUCAGGUUGGGCUGUGAAGACCUUGCUGCAUAUGGGUUCACCUGAGCCACCAGGCACGGGCCAUGCUGAUGAUACCAGCUUUCAGCGCGUGGUGAGGUGUGUAUGGCUUCCCGUGGACUCAGCCUCUUCCCCGAGUCCUGUCCAGAUUUCUGCUGUGGUACCUGUUAUGACCAAUACUGCUGCUCUGACGUGCUGAAGAAAUUUGUGUGGAGCGAGGAAAGGUGUGCUGUGCCUGAGGCCAGCGUGCCUGCCAGUGUAGAGCCGGUGGAGCAGCUGGGCUCGGCGCUGAGGUUUCGCCCUGGCUACAACGACCCCAUGUCAGGGUUCGGAGCGACCUUGGCCGUUGGCCUGACCAUCUUUGUGCUGUCUGUCGUCACUAUCAUCAUCUGCUUCACCUGCUCCUGCUGCUGCCUUUACAAGACGUGCCGCCGACCACGUCCGGUUGUCACCACCACCACAUCCACCACUGUGGUGCAUGCCCCUUAUCCUCAGCCUCCAAGUGUGCCGCCCAGCUACCCUGGACCAAGCUACCAGGGCUACCACACCAUGCCGCCUCAGCCAGGGAUGCCAGCAGCACCCUACCCAAUGCAGUACCCACCACCUUACCCAGCCCAGCCCAUGGGCCCACCGGCCUACCACGAGACCCUGGCUGGAGGAGCAGCCGCACCCUACCCCGCCAGCCAGCCUCCUUACAACCCGGCCUACAUGGAUGCCCCGAAGGCGGCCCUCUGAGCAUUCCCUGGCCUCUCUGUAUGCCACUUGGUUAUGUUGUGUGUGUGUGUGAGUGGUGUGCAGGCGCGGUUCCUUACGCCCCAUGUGUGCUGUGUGUGUCCAGGCACGGUUCCUUACGCCCCAUGUGUGCUGUGUGUGUCCUGCCUGUAUAUGUGGCUUCCUCUGAUGCUGACAAGGUGGGGAACAAUCCUUGCCAGAGUGGGCUGGGACCAGACUUUGUUCUCUUCCUCACCUGAAAUUAUGCUUCCUAAAAUCUCAAGCCAAACUCAAAGAAUGGGGUGGUGGGGGGCACCCUGUGAGGUGGCCCCUGAGAGGUGGGGGCCUCUCCAGGGCACAUCUGGAGUUCUUCUCCAGCUUACCCUAGGGUGACCAAGUAUGGCCUGUCACAUCAGGGUGGCGCAGCUUUCUGUGUGAUGCAGAUGUGUCCUGGUUUCGGCAGCGUAGCCAGCUGCUGCUUGAGGCCAUGGCUCGUCCCCGGAGAUGGGGGUACCCUUUGCAGAGCCAGGGACAUGAUGCAGGCGAAGCUUGGGAUCUGGCCAAGUUGGACUUUGAUCCUUUGGGCAGAUGUCCCAUUGCUCCCUGGAGCCUGUCAUGCCUGUUGGGGAUCAGGCAGCCUCCUGAUGCCAGAACACCUCAGGCAGAGCCCUACUCAGCUGUACCUGUCUGCCUGGACUGUCCCCUGUCCCUGCAUCUCCCCUGGGACCAGCUGGAGGGCCACAUGCACACACAACCUAGCUGCCCCCAGGGAGCUCUGCUGCCCUUGCUGGCCCUGCCCUUCCCACAGGUGAGCAGGGCUUCUGUCCACCAGCACACUCAGUUCUCUUCCCUGCAGUGUUUUCAUUUUAUUUUAGCCAAACAUUUUGCCUGUUUUCUGUUUUCAAACAUGAUAGUUGAUAUGAGACUGAAACCCCUGGGUUGUGGAGGGAAAUUGGCUCAGAGAUGGACAACCUGGCAACUGUGAGUCCCUGCUUCCCGACACCAGCCUCAUGGAAUAUGCAACUCCUGUACCCCAGUCCAGGGUGUUCUGGCAGCAGGGACACCUGGGCCAAUGAGCCAUCUGGACCAAAGGUGGGGUGUGGGGCCCUGGAUGGCAGCUCUGGCCCAGACAUGAAUACCUCGGUGUUCCUCCUCCCUCUAUUACUGUUUCACCAGAGCUGUCUUAGCUCAAAUCUGUUGUGUUUCUGAGUCUAGGGUCUGUACACUUGUUUAUAAUAAAUGCAAUCGUUUGGA